UUUCAGCUUCAACUCUGUUAUUGAUUCAAAGGAAAUUUGGCUUGCGGGCAGCCAUUAAAAAACGUAGGUCGCAGGAACAAACGGGUUACAGUGAACAACAGUGAGGUCAAAGCACCAGAGCUCUGGAAAUAGAAGGCUUCAACUCAGACCCAGAUAGCUGCAAAGCCAAACAGAUAUACUGUAUGUGAGAAUAAGGAAAGUCACAGAAGAGGAUCAGUUUUCUGGAGCUGAUUGGAACUCCAUCUUCAUAGAAACUCGGAGUCAGAGUUACCCUCUGGACACAUUUCUGUUGCUACACCUGGAAGGUAUUUUGCGCCAAGCGGUUGUCACACACUACAGCCAUGGUGUCCUGCGCUCUCCUCCUCCUGUGUCCUCUGUGGAUCCACAGUCUGAUUCAAGCGUGCGGCGGAGAGGAGCUGUCCAGGGAGGCAGUGUUGUCCUGGUUCAGAGAGCGGGUUCUGGAGGGCCUCAGGCUGGAAGAGCCUCCUGUGGCCACGGUGCAGGCUACUGAUGUGGACGGGGCACAGCCAGGCGCAAGGCACAGGCAUCGGAGGGCCCCCAGGAGUAGCAGGACAGCGUGGGUCAACCAUCGAACCAGUCCAAACAAGGAAAUGUUUCAAAUUAUUGUCUUCCCCAGUCCUGACUCAUCCUGUGCCAGGUCUGACUCAGCCCCUGGAGAAAAAACCGAAAGCCAGUUCACUUAUCGCUUCCAGCCCUCCGCGAACAACCCGGAGACCCGGGUCACAUCUGCCCACUUCUGGUUCUAUGCAGGCGAAGGAGCCACAGCCAACACUUCUGCCCCGCUGUUUAUUCUCACUUUAGCGCAGCAGCUUUUUCAGGCAGCAGAGGCUCCGUCAGUGAUGAGCCCGGACGGCUGGACCACCUACCACCUGAAUCAGAGCCUGCUGGCCGCUUUGUCUGAAGGCCCUUUUCUGCUCCAGGUCCGCUGUCCGAUCUGUCAGUGCCACGGCAAUGAACCGGACAAGAUGCCCUUUCUUCACCUCCACAAACAACCUCGUGGUCCAGCCCGUUCACCCCGUCAUGCACCAGUAACCAUCCCCUGGUCUCCUUCUGCCAUCGACCUGCUCCAGCGGCCCUCGCAGGAGAGACCGCAGCAGAGCGACUGCCACCGGGCAGAGAUCGAAAUCAGCUUUGAGGAGCUGGGCUGGGACAACUGGAUUGUCCAUCCGACAGCGCUGACUUUCUACUACUGCCACGGAAACUGCUCGGCCUGGGAUCGCACCACAGCGAUGCUGGGGAUCGCUCAGUGCUGCGCUCCGGUCCCGGGGACCAUGAGGUCCCUGAGGAUCACCACCACGUCCGAUGGUGGAUACUCAUUCCAGUAUGAGACUUUGCCCAACAUUAUACCUGAAGAGUGUUCUUGUAUCUGAACAUGAAAGUUUAAGGGGCUAGUUCACUCAAAUGACAGGUCAUUUUCUUUCUACCACAGUGGUAUUAAGCCAGUUUAUGUUUUAUGUGCUGAGGAUUUGAGAUUUCACCCUCAGUACACUAUACUCUGUAGACUAUACUGUAAAUAUACCGUUUUUUGGAGUUAAUAUACAAAAGAAUCAAGAUACUUAACUGUUUUAUGCUAACAGGAAAAGAUCUAGUACUUGUGCCACUGCAUGUUGAUCAAACCACAACUUUGCCAUGCCAGUUAAAGUUCACAAAGACAAAGCAAAAUCUUUUUCCCCCCAAUGAUUUAAAUGUUUUCCGAUGUGUUCCUGGAACUCGUUUUACCACCUCUCCCGAUUUAUUUUAAUUUUUGGCAUCCGUGAGGAGAUCCUCCAUUUUCUUUGUUGGAAAAUUAUGUCCAUCAACAGCUCAAAAACAAGCUUCUUUUUUUUUUAAAUUUUUUUUAGCAUGCAUUAUGACUUUCUUUGAGUAUAUUUUAUUACUUUUCCAGUGCAUCCAUAAAACCCACUUUGAUUUAGUAUGUAGUAUGGAACUGGAACAAAGCAAUUUUUUUUUUUCCAUUUUGCUUUUGUGCCACAUAGCCAUGCAGACAUUUCUGGUUUUAUGUGGUGAGGUUUUAAAAUUUGGCCCCUGACUGGAACAACUUUCUACCAAACAAAUAGUUCCUCUCAGAACUGUCCACAGCAAGGUCUGCGGACAAUCCUGAAGACCCGAGUCACUGUUUCUAGAAAAACUUGUUGGUGCAGAAGAUUUAGUUUGACAUCUCAUGUCUCAGCUCAUAAAACCAGUACUAUUUGCAUGGCCAUAAACUACCAGGGGCAAGUUUAAAAAAAAUGGGCAUUUUUGCUUUUAAAUGAGCAGUUUCUUUUAGUAAUUAUUAAAAGUUUGUUUUCUUUUCGUGUGUAUUUAGCAACAAUCUGUAAAAUUAAAGCCAGCACUGUAUUGUUUUUCCUUUGUUUUGUGAUUCUCACCUUUAGAGGGCAGCAUAGGCCUACUUUUAAACUGCAUCGUUUGACUUCAUUACCCUCACACACACACACACACACACACAGGUCUUGCCUCUGUUGUUAAUUUAUAUGCAGUAAUGCAUAUUAAACCACAGAUUAAAACACGGGACUCAGUUGUGUUCUGUAAAUGCCACGAAUGUUAUGACUCUGGAAAAAAAAAAAAAAAAAAGAUGUACAUACGUAGUACCUUUAUCACCAGAGAGUCAAGUCCAGAGACGAAACCAUCAUGUCCAAAUAUAUUUAUUUACUCUGAAGACAAAAUAAUCUCUACAGUUACAAAAACUACAAAACUUGCGAUUGAAAAAAAAAAAAAAAA